CGCCGGCGGGACCAUGGUGAAGGAGGAGUGCAAAGCGCUGCUGGACGCGCUCAACAAGGUGACCGCCUGCUACCGGCACAUGGUGCUGACCAUCGGCGGCACCUCGGACUCCCAGAACCUGCGGGAGGAGCUCAAGAAAACCCGGCAGAAAGCCCAGGAGCUGGCGGUGGCCAACAGGAACAAGCUCACUACGGUCCUGAAGGACAAAACCGUGAGUAAGGAAGAUAAAGCCGAGUUCGAGAGGCUAUGGGUGAUUUUCUCCACGUGCCUAGAGAUCCUGGAGAUCGACAUGAGGAGAGCCCUGGAGCUGGGCCACGAGUUCCCGCUAAACGUCCCCAAAAAGCACCUGAUUCAGACCGGCAUGAGCGGGGGAACCUCUGGCGUGGCUGCCAGGGCCAUGAGUGUCCAGAACAUGAAAUACGAGGCAGAGCACAAUAUAGAUGUGGUGGAUUUGAAAGACCUCGAGAACGAAAUCAACCAGGUAGGAGAGAUGAUGUACGAGAUGGAAAUGAAGGUCAAUGUCCCCCAGUGGACAGUGGAGGCUAAGCAAGACCCGGGGGCUGAACUAAAAUCCACCAUCAGCGUGGGCGCUUCUUCCAUCGGCAUGAUCUCUGUGGAGGAAAAUAAAUCCUUCUGCGAUAUCAGCAAGGUUCUAGCUGGGAUUAUUUUCUCCGCUGUGCUCAUUAUCGCUAUUGUCCUGGCGGUGUGCGUAGUAAAACUCUCUUAGGGUGGUGCAGGCUCUGACAAGAGCGACCCCCCUCCAGUCUGUCUUUGGAGUGUUUCGCGCCUCACCUCUAAUUGCAAAACGGGUCACUUGGAUGAGUUGAGAAUUUAAACCUAGCACUUGAAAAAACAAAGCAGAACUUUUGCCUCUUGAUUUCCUAAAAUGCACAAUUUGUUUAUUCUUGCUUUUUGAAGAAAAGAGAUGCAAAUAGGGCUGCAGAAUAGGAUGUCUUCAUUUGCUGGACUUGUAAUGGUUAACUGUGAAGUAUCAGGGUAUUAACUGCUGGCUACAGCAGGGAUUUGUCUGCUAUUAAUAGAUCGCUAUUCUCAGAAGCCUGUAUUUUGUGUUCUUGAAUAAGAUCUGGGGUUUGCUGCUGGUCACUGUUCACAGUAUUUGGGAGUAACACAAUUUGGAGGCUAACACAGGUGCUUUGUCCAACAAAGUGAAUAGAAUACUCUUUUUUUUUUUUUUUUUUUUCUUUCCCCAUCAAAUACAGAAAAUACUAUCUCAGUGGAGGAGAAGGGGAAGGAUGAAAACCCCCAUAAAAGAAUGUAAACAACCUCUGUUUUCAAUAAGUUAAUGGUUGGGGAGGGGGGAGGUGUGGAGGAGGAUGGAGAAAACAGAACAAGCAAUGUUUGAUACCAAAUACUGUUUGCUGAUUUAGAGUGGAUUGUACAGAACCCGGUUGCGUGGAUUGGCACGCAUACGCAAAUGACUAAUCGCUUUCCAAAUCCAGAGAGAAAAAAGGGAGAUUUGCAUAUUCAGAAAAACAUUAGCAAGCCUCGUGGUUCUCAUCCACGUUUACCACGACAUUGUCUUCCCCUAUAGAAAGGCUGAUUCUUGCCACUGGCUCCAACUUUUCUUUCUGUAGAAGCAGUUUGCACUUCAUAAUUAACUAUGAAAAUAGGAGCAACGAGUCUACCCACUGCGGAAGCAGUAAUUUUUGAAAAUAAUUUUAGCGAACAAAAAUGAUGUUGAAUUAAAGCAGACCUUUCUAAUAAUCCAAAGAGAUGCCCUCUCAUGUUGACAGGCAGGGACUGAUGCCUGUAUGUGCACAGUCUCAUUUCUGCAAUCUCCUGAAUUCUUUGCAGAAAUCCAAAGUUAAAACUGUGUCUGAGAUUCAUAUCUCAUUCAUGUCUGAUCAAUCAUUUGGGAAACAGGAAGCCUGUAGGAUUGAUCCAAUUUGAUACAGUGCAAUUUUGGAGAGUAAAUCCAAGAGCAGCAUAAAACUUUUCAUGUGCUUCCCUAAUAAAACUGUCAAUGUUUAAAUGUAAGACUGGGGGGACAGACACUAACUUUGCAGAGAAGCUCUAUAAUGUUUUGUAAAAGGACCUAUGUUUUAUAGUAUUUAUUAUGUAACCUACAGAAGUGUCUUCUGUUACUGUGAACACAUGCUAUCCGUUCGAGAAUGCUUGGUACAUACUUCAUAGUGCCAUAGGUGUAUGAGGCACUCCACAGGCAAAUAUAAAGAGCCUGCGAUACUGGGUUUUUAAGAAGUUAUUAUUCUGCUGCAUUGAUUGUUAUGGGCACAUUAGCAAAAAGUAACAAUCAGACAUGUUUUGUGAGGUUACUAUAGUCUUCAUGCUUGUUAAAUAAAGUUAUGUUGACAACACUCGUAAACAGCUAAUAUUUUUUAGUUAAGAACUAAACACUGUCAGAAAACUGCAGCAAAGAGUUUAUUCUUUAAAAUUUAAGAGAAGAUUUGGGGAGAAAAAGUAUGUGGCAAAUUUGAAUCUGGUCACUUGUAGGUGAGGAAAAAAAAUAAUAUAGGUGAGGAAAAAUAGUUAAGUGGAGGCCUGAAUUACAGGCUCUAGACUAUCAUUACAUUGCAGGAUAAUGUCAGUUCUGCAGGUUGAUCCAGACUAGCUCCAUUCUCAUAGGAAUUCACAGUUUUAUGAGACAACUCUACAUUCCUUUCUAUUGUAUUUCACUCGUUCCAUAGGAUAUGUUUCAUACCUAGUUAAUCUAGGUUCUUAGAGACCCCCAGCAGCAUUCUAACAAAAGUCAAGCCGGUAUUUAUUGGUGCUACUGUUUCAGUAUGCCUAGACAAGGUGUCAUUGCUGUGUGUUGAUUUAAAUGAGAAGAUCUCCUUCUCAUCCAUAUUGAGUAAACAUACUUAUGGAAAAUACAUCAAAAGCUACAGGAGAAUGUACAUACUUGGAUUUCCACCACUAGUCACUAAGGAUUUGUGGGUGUUUUCACUCAUUGCACUCUCCUUUUAGUUAGUUUACAGGAAGGUAAAUAAGGAGUUGGGACUCGUUUCUGUGCUUCUUGAAAACUCUGUGUUCCGUUUGAAAUCAGAUCAUGUAAACUACAUGUUCUGAAAACCCAAGUAAGGCAAAUCUAGUUUCUGGUGGAUAAGUAAGUGGUAACACCUAAAGCAUUUAUUAUCUUGUAUCCUCAUAUCCUGAAGUGGGUAUACUGUUUAUCCACAGUUGUGUAGAAGAAUUUUUAAUAAUGGGCAAUCUCAUCUUCAAAAGCAAGCCUCGGUGAGUUGGUAAACUGUAAAUUUUCAGUCCAUUGCAUUUUUUGGAAUUUGGGUUUUUGGGUACAGGGCUCAAAUAAUUCCUCUAAGUAUCCUAUAAUUAUGUAAGUCUUGCUUCAUUAUGAAUAUGCACACAAAUAGUUUUUAAAGGAUUUGACCUUGGAAAAAUAAUGUAUUUUCAUUAUCUUAAGACAAUGCUGGCUGCAGGUUUAUUCAUCAUUAGUUUGUUUCUAAAAAUCUGUAUCAUCUUAUAUUUAGGCUAUCUGAAAUUGAUAAAGUAGAACUCUAACAAAGGAUUGGCACCAUCUAAACGGAUAAUGUUCUUGCCAUUAAUCUCCUACACUUGAUACCAAAUGUAUGUUCAGUGUGAUAGAGUUCAGGCACAACAGCGCACAAAAUCAAAACAAGAUGAAACCACCAUUGCCCAAAAGUACAGAUGCUUCUUUUAGAUUAAGAAAUAAAGAGAUGUUGUGGAUUUGCAAUCUUCAUUUUUUUUCCCUGCUAGAAUACAACUGGAAAUGCUAUUUUUGUAAGUGAAAAAUGGGAAGUCAAACUUCAGGAUGCUCUAUAUUUAAAUAGUAUGAUGAAAAUACAAAUACUCUCACGCUGAUCAGUGAAUGAGAAUGUUACUGUUUUUUCAGUGCAAAAGAUGACGGUCAUUGCCUAAUUUCAAUGCUGUUCUACUACUUUUUUAUUUAUUCACAGGAUACACACAUUAUAUUUGCUGUAUACUAAGAUAUUAUUCCUGACUUGAAUUAUACUGGUUUUGCCUGUGUGUGGGUGGUAUUUUCUACACUACUUUGAAUAAGUCAAACUCGUUACUGUCACUAUUUAACUUAAAAUAAAGUCCAUUCUUUUAACUUA